AUGGUGAACAUUCUGUGGAUUUUUUGUUUGAUGGUCAUGGUAUCGACUUUGGAUGGACAGACCUUGGGUGGUCCAAAGCAUGGCAAAGUGGUGGUGUGCUACAUCGGCACAUGGGCUACCUACCGUCCUGGCCUUGGCAAGUUUGACCUUGGAGAUUUGAAGCCAUCGCUGUGCACUCACAUUAUUUACGCUUUUGCUGGUCUCGAUGAGAAAACGAUGGGAAUCAAAAGUCUUGAUCCUUGGCAUGACACAGAGAAAGAAAACGGCAGUGCUGGCUACAGGGGUCUUGUUGCACUAAAAAAUCGUUAUCCUCACCUGAAGGUAACUAUCGCUAUUGGCGGCUGGAACGAGGGUUCUAAUAAGUUCUCCGUAAUGGCCGCUUCGCCGGAGAACAGAGCAAAAUUCAUUAAGAGCGUACUUGUUUUUCUAGAUGUAUAUAAAUUUGAUGGUUUAGAUUUGGAUUGGGAGUAUCCGGCAACGAGAGACGGCAGACCUAUAGACAAAGCGAACUUCGUAUUGCUUGUAAAGGAAUUAAAAGACGCUUUCGAGUCUAAAGGAUACCUCUUGACAGCGGCACUUGGCGCUGGCAAGGCGACCAUGGAGGCAGCGUAUGAACUGCACAAGCUAAGUCUCUAUCUGGACUUCAUCCACAUGAUGUGUUACGAUUAUCACGGCACAUGGGACGGAGUAGUUGGCGCUAAUGCACCGCUGAGAGGUACCAGCGACGACGAUGAACUUAGUGUGGAGUUUACAAUCAAAUACUUACUAGCUAAAGGAAUUAGUCCUUACAAAAUGGUUCUUGGCUUGCCCUUGUAUGGUCGCAACUUCAUUCUUAAGGAGGACACCCAAGAUAUUGAAUUUGGACGGACUCCGACAGAACAAACAGGCUUUAAAGGUCCCUUUACUAGAGAAGCUGGUUUCAUGGGGUACAAUGAGAUCUGCAUGGAAGUAACAAACAAGUCAUCCAAGUGGACUCACCACUGGCACGACCAAUCAGCAACGCCUUAUUUACGUGACGACAAACGGGUUAUCGUCUACGACAAUACCAGGUCUAUAGCUAUAAAAGUCAGAACGGCCAUGGAAUAUAAUCUAGGCGGUCUUAUGGUCUGGAGUAUCGACACAGAUGACUUUAAAGGUUAUUGUGAUAAAGAAACGGACACAUAUCACGAUUUCAUACAGCAAUACAACAAAAUCGUCGACGACCCUGUACUGACCAAAGCAUUAAAAUAUCUCAAUCUACCGGAUGCUGCAAGUAUUGAAAAUUUAAACGCAAGAAAUUCAUAUUAUGUAGUAUCCAACAACAAACUGUACCUUCGCUUGCCUGAACCUAAAUAUACUAAUUACGCGCUGAUGCAUACAAUUAAUGAAGCAACAACUCUUGCUUUAGAGGAGAAGAGGAUUCUAGAUGAAAUGGCCAGAGUCAUGAAUCAAAAUGAGAUACCGGACGACGAGCCUGAUUCGGCUCAUGUACUUAGUAUAAGUGCAUUGACCGUGAUGUGUUCCGUCAUGGUUCUAUUAUUUAGGUUGUAA